AUGAGAUCGAUGCGUGCAGGCAGCAGUUUGGUUGGUGGUGUCACCGCUAUGGCCGCCUGCUGUGCUCACGAUGCGAUGUCGCUGAUACAACAACAGCACCAAUCACGGAAGGAGAAAGGGGAAGAAAAAAGCUGGAUUAUAGUGAAAGAUGAGAGAAAAUGA